AUGCUUCACUUGCCCAGCAUAAAGAAUCAUCCUAAGGAGGCCAUAGCUCCUAAAUUUAUAACUACAUUUCCAUGUUUGGAUUCACAAAAAGCAAAGUUAAUGUUUGUGAAGAGUGGACAGUAUCCGAGGGAUGUAUAUGUCAAUCCCAAAUCACAUGACUUUCGACAGUAUCAACCUGAUUUACCAAACUUUGAGACGACUUAUGAAAAGGACCCCUUUGGAUUAAAAUUUAAAUCACAACCCUUAAGUACAGUAUAUGGGUACCAGUUACCAAAAGAUGAUAAACAGAAGAAUACUACAGAAAGAUUUAUCACCCACAAGCAUCGUGAAUGCACCUGGGAUUCAAAACUCAUUUUGACAAAAGCCCCAUGGCCUGUUAGAUCUGCUUCAUAUAUAAGACAUAGAAGGCAAUGUGAUGCGUACAGUGCAUUUAUGGAUCGUGUGGAAGAAAAGUUUACAAAGAUAUGCAAAAGCAGCUCCAGGAUCUGGGGAAGAGAAUGUUGUCUCUUGUUUCUCUCUUUCUGCACCUGUCUCAGGCACACUCCAUUGCUUCUUGGUCUGCCUUUUAUCUCCAAGGUGUUGGUGUCUAGAGGACAAAUGGAAGAAACAGGGGCAAAAAGCCCAGAUAGCUGACGGACCAAAACAGCAUCGGGCUUCCUGAACUCUGGCCUGAAUGUUCAUCUCCCGUGCAUUUCCCAGUGAGAACAUCAAUGAGUUCUGGCACCUUCCUGGAUUCUACGGAAAUCUGCACUCUCUCACAGGCUCGAGAAAGUGCUAAAAUAAAGGAAAGUUGCAUAAUUUGAAAUUCCCUUGUUACCGCAUGGAUCAGCAUCCAAUC